CAGAGCCUCGGGUCCUUCACCCUCCUGCAGCGGCCAGCGCACGAAUACCAGCAGCUCAUGCGGAACGGACAGCUCACUAGCGAGGACCUAGUCACCUCGUUCCUCGACCAGAUCGACCGGCACAACGAGGACAGGCUGAAGCUCAAGGCCAUCCUGUCGGUGUGUCCCAGGAACAUUGCGCUCGCUCGGGCCAGGAAGCUGGACGAGGAGCGGGCACGGGGACAGAUCCGUGGCGAGCUGCACGGUAUCCCGAUCAUCCUCAAAGAUGCCAUUGUUACCCAUCCCUCCUUGGGUAUGGUCACGUCUGCGGGCUCGUGUGCGAUCGCAUCUCUAGUGGCCAAACGAAACGCAACUGUGGUCGACAAGCUCCUGGAAGCUGGCAUCAUCGUUCUUGGGAAAGGGAACUUGACUGUAUGCGGCGGCUCUUCUGUCGGUCCCGCCGUCAGCAUAGCAGCAGGCUUCUCGCCCCUAGGCAUCGGCACCGAGACUGGUGGCUCGAACGUGCUGCCGGCGAGUGCGAAUGGGCUCUACGGCCUGACCUUGCCACACGGCUCGGUACCCAUCGAUGGAAUUUCAAGGAUUGGGGCGUUCUCGGACCGUGUAGGCCUGAUGGCGCGGGAUCCUCAUGACUUGGUGGCGCUUGCCAAAGUCCUUCUCCUCCCUCCUACCAGCUAUGAUGUCGUCCAGGCGCUCGAGAAGGAUGGAAACCAAGCAGCUUCUGGGUGGAAGGGGUUGUCAAUCGGGAUCCUGGAUAGUCAAUGGGGCAUUCAUUCAACCAUCGAGUGGAAAUGGGGCUCGGAUGAGGUGAAAGAGAAAUACGCCUCAGUGGCCAAGAAGUUGGAGGAGCUCGGUGCUAGGGUCGUCUACCCGCUGCAGCAUCCCCCUCAGUGGGAGUCACUCAAGUUUGAGGGCGAAACCCUGCACACAACACUCUUAGACCACGAGUUCGCAGACGUCCUCGAAGACUUCAUCGCAACAAAUUUUGAGCGCGACUCGAGUCUCGCUAACCUGGCCGAUGUUGUCGCCUGGAACGAAGCCCACGCCGAUAAGGCGAUGCCAGAGCCCUACACAACCCAAACAGAACUUAUCAAAGCCCUCAACGACACCAUGACCAGCGAGAAAUACGAAGCCGCAGCAACAGGUCUUCGCCAUCUCGCCCGACAAGACGGCAUGGCGAAGUUCAUGCGCGAUGUAGACCUCGACAUCGUACUCUCCGCGUCAGACGCGUCCUUGAUCUCAUUCUCGUCCUCUGCCGGCUGGCCCGUGGCGACAGUCCCUGUGGCGAACCUGGCCAAGAACGACCAGCCGUGGGGG